AUGUCACAUUCAGUAAAAAUUUAUGAUACAUGUAUAGGGUGUACUCAAUGUGUACGAGCCUGCCCCACAGAUGUAUUGGAAAUGAUACCUUGGGACGGAUGUAAAGCUAAGCAAAUUGCUUCCGCACCAAGAACCGAAGACUGUGUAGGUUGUAAGAGAUGUGAAUCCGCCUGCCCAACAGAUUUUUUGAGUGUCCGUGUUUAUUUAUGUGAUGAAACAACUCGCAGCAUGGGUCUAUCUUAUUGA